AUUUUGUAAAAUAUUUCUAAUAGAUGAGAUGUUUCAUAGGUAUGGCUCUCCCAGUAUGAUUGACAUUGAAGUUUUCUCAUCUGCCUAUCGAGCGCGUUUGGCUGAAGCAGAGCUUGCUGGAGCUAUACCAGAUAACAUUUCCUUGGAAGUAUCUUCUCCUGGCGUUGAAAGGCUCAUCCAAAUUCCCCAAGAGCUUGAUCGGUUCAAGGACUUGCCAAUGUAUGUGAAGUAUGUCACCGAGGUGGUUGCAAACAGGCCAUCACAGGAAAGCGACGGUGUUUUCAAGCUUGUUUCGUUUGAUUUGGAUUCAAGACACUGCACUUGGAGUUUAGCAGAUGUGAGGAUAAACAGAGAAUCGGCAGGGAAAGGAAGACCACUGUGCAAAAAGCAAAGAGAAUGGCGGUUGCAGACCCCUUUUGAUUCCUUGCGCCUAGUUCGAUUGUAUUCUGAAUUUUGAUUUAUGCACCGCUUUGACUGUAUCCACUAAAAUUGUAAUUUUAGCUUAUUUUCAUGAGCUGUUACCAGUGUAGGAUGCUGAAAGGAAAGGUAUACAAAAUCUAUAUGUAUAGAAAUGUUGAAGGGGCUAACUGUAUAAUACACAUGAUUGGUGCAUCACACAGAAUGGUUCUUGGGAUCUUGCCCUAAAUUCUUGAAUUUUUUUUAAUGGACUUGAGAUGCAGUUUUACAUA